GAUGUCACUAGAAACAUUGCUUCGUCUAGGAUUGUCUGAUUGAUCCAAUAAUUAAAUGUAGACGCUAUUCGGACCCGAAUAUUUCACUUACUAUUCGCACCCUGUUAUUUUCCUGACCAUUACACACGGGUGUUUCAUUGAUUAUUUUUAAGCCCGGGUGCAAAUAGUCUAUUUGAGGUUAUUUGCACCCGGGUGUAAAUUGUCACUUUGAUAUUCAAAUUAUCCACAGACUAUUACGAGCUCUGAUGUAGUUAUUUUGCUAACAUAUGCCUAAAUGGAAAUUUCGGGAAAUAGAUGUGCGAAAGUUGUCAAUCAGAGGCGAAGUCGAGUUUGACAAGACAUCAACAAAUCAGUACAUGUGUUGGUUUAGAUUGUCAAUCAGAAACACUCCGUCGUCGUUAACAAAAAAAAAUGUAAAUGAUUUAGUCGUGCGGGAAAGGCUUUGAAUGAAAUUCUUCUGUUCUGGACGACUAAGCGACUCAAAUUUCGGUGCCACUUCAUGUGUGUUAUUAAGCCGCAUUCAAUUUUUCUUUAAAUAUUUAACGAACACACCUGAUUAAACAGUCGAAAGGAGCUUGUUCUUUACCGCAUGUUUAUAGUCAUAAGGUUGAUUGAUCGAUUGAUUGUGAGUUAAACGAACAGAAUUUUUCUGAUCACCUCACAGUUGGAACUACACAUUUUAUUGUCGCAACUUCAACAACAACAUCUCUUUACUGACUUCUUGCAGUGGGUACCUAAUAGAUUGUAAGCGACUGUUGGACGAGACAGUAAUAACAUGAAGAGUUUUUGCAAUUUUAUCCUGUCGUUUUGUGGAAUUUUCUUCCUGCCACUGGUUUUUGCACACAGCAACAGAGACUACACAUCGUACAGACGUUAUCCACUUUGUGCUCCGUCAGACUACAUGAGAUAUCCGAAAACGACUGCAGAUGUUGUCAGUAUUGUCAAAGAAGCUAUCGCUCGAGGUGUAAAAGUGAAAGCUUUCGGCUCUCGUCAUUCACAGACCGAUAUAAUAUGCACAGAAGGGAUUCCUGUCGACAUGACAGGACUUAAUUUUUGCAAAAUGAAUACAGACCGAGUCACCGCUACUUUCGGUGCAGGGACAUUGUUGUUCGAUGCGGGAGAAUUUCUACACCGAAACGGACGGGCUCUACGAACAAUGGCAGCAUAUGGUGGCAUCACUCUCGGUGGAGCAAUAGGAACUGGAGCUCAUGGCUCAACGAUAAAGUAUAAUUCAACCAUAUCGUCACAAGUAGUCAAAUUGACAGUGGUAGACGGCCUAGGAAACGUGGCAGAAAUUUCGGAUCCAGCAGACUUAAGGGCAUUUAAAGUUAAUCUUGGCCUUCUCGGCAUUAUUGUGGAUAUUACCUUAUACACCGUACCGUUGUACAAAGUACACGCUCACAGUUACUUUACGUCUGAUGACGUGUUGACAAAUGGAGUGGCAGCGAACUGGGCAAAAACGACGGACCACUUAAUGAUUCACUGGUUUCCAGCAUUCAACGAAGUCGUGGUAGCUAAUUUAACGUUUGUACCGGUCGAAAGUCGUGGAAACGCAAGGACCAGUGCAGAAGCUCCCUCUACGUACGAUGCAACAAAUUUGAUUGGAUCAACAAUCAAAGAAUUAGCUAUGGACCUUACAUGCAAUGAGUGUGCUGCGGCGUCCACACUUGGAUAUACAAUUCUACGUGCGAUAGAAUUUCUCGUGGAGUUCAGUCUGUGGUCACACGUUCCCGGCUUUGUACCGAUUUUUACAGAGGAUAGACUAUCGGUUCAAAAUCCAGCUGUUGGAUUUGCGCAGCCAAUGCUCUCAACUAUAUGUAGCGAAGAUUCAAACAAUAAUUUUGGUGAGGCCUGUGCAUGGUGUCACGGUCAUAUCAAUGCGAAUAUAACCCUUUUGGACAAUGAGUUCAACCUUGCUCUGAGUGACCUAGGACUUUUUGUGGAAGCUGUGAAAGAUAUUGCAAACAAAACACCAACAGCAUUUCCGCUUCAAGGACUCUUUUUCCGUUUUUCUGGUAAAGACAAUAACUAUAUGUCGACAUCGAAUGGAAGAGAUUCGGUACAUCCUGAGUUUUAUUUCUGGAAAAGAGAUGAUCCGUACAACGAUCCGUCAGCUAGCUUAGCUGGAUAUCAGACCAUUUUACAGAUAUUGGCACGCCGAUUUAAAGCAAGAUCACACUGGGGAAAAUCCGGCCUAAUUUAUCAUGGUAGGGAAAUGCUUGAUUUAAAAUUGGACCCUAAGGCACGCAGCAAUUUUGUCGAUGCAAUGAAGAAAUUCGAUCCGAAUCAAAUUUUCCUGAAUAACUUCGGUCGUCGUCUACUGAAAAUCGGAUCCAAAAUCGACAUUGAUCCGUUAACAACACGGUGUGCUUUGUUGGAUAACUGCUUUUGCUCAUUGGAUACAGACUGCGGCAAGGGACAAAUUUGUACAACUCUUCCGGGCUACGACGACUGCUACGUGUGCCAAGCUAAACAUGUUGCGCCAGUAACAAAAUUCCAAAAAAAUCAAAUGCCACUGCAUGAUGUUCUCGACUUUCUGGUUAGAACCGUUCCUUUGUCGCUUAUUUCCGUAAUGAUUGAAUGUGGGCUACCGAAAGCACUUGAUGCCGUUCGUUCAACUCUGUUUGGAUGAAAAUACUAUGAGUAAUUGAAAACGACUUUGAAUUUACAAUUCGAACUAUUUAUCGCAGCCUGAAGCGAAUUACAACAAACACUUAUAAAAUGUAUCCAAUAAAUGGGACAACCUCGAAGAUUGAAGAGUAAACGAUAUCAC